UACCUCCUGGAAGCUACCAGAAGGCCAGAAGCAAGUGCUCAAUCAGUACUCUCGGGCGGGCAUCGAUGACAACCUGCUCCGGCGACUACCGCGGCGAGGCCAUCGUCCCCGCCUCCCGCGCCGGCAACUUCCUCGAGCAGUCCGGCGACUGCCCGUACUCCAAGUACACACGCUAUCUACUCGCUCCUUAACUUAUACGUGCAUGCAUGCAUACAAGCUAGCCCUGCGUGUGCGUUGAUCUAGGGGUGUGCAAAAGGGUGUGCUUUUCCCCUUGCCCCUUGUAAGCGUGGUAGCGUAUGGCUCUUUAAAACUUCAGUAGCGGUGCAUACGGCAGGUUGGCCACCUCUCCUGUGGGGUGGUAACGUGGGGUGGGGGUGUUUCGUUGCUUGGUAGCUUACCUUUUUAUGUUUUUCUCUUGCGCCAAGACGCUAUGGUACUCUGUGACUUGUUUUGUUAUCUUUUAUUUGUGAAUAAUUUAGAUUGCUUAUUACAUGUGUCACGUGGUACUUGUUCCGUUAUCUGAUGAUAGUGGAACCAGAUCCAAUCUGGAUCGUAUGAAAAAAAAAAUCCAUGUGUAUUGCAUCGACUCGAUUGUAAGAUGUUGUACGUGUUACAAGUCUUUUCUUGAUAUUGUAACGCACUGCAUACUUGUUGGAGACUUCGUUUAAUAAUAUGGUUGCAUACGCACCAUUGCGAUACAGAGGCUGGGGGCAAUGCCCCUUUUCGAAAGAAAAAAAGAUGUUGUACGUGUACCCCAUCUAUACUUGUCUGCAAACUUUCAUGGUUUCCGAACUUUGGAGCUCGCCCCUUUAACCAUGUAGCGCCAUGAUUUUUUCUGAUUUUAUGCAGGGCUUAAAUGGUCGUAUUUUUUUUAUGAUUUUCCUAGAAGUGACUAUAUAUUCGCCCCUAUGCAUCACCGUUUUUUUGGGGACAAAUUUUGGAAACUUGCAAGGCAAAAACCACAGAGGGGUGGAUGUGAGUGUAGGUGCAUGGUAUCAUGGCAUUUCUCCUAGACAGCCUGUUAAUAAAUACCUGUUUAUCAUUUAAAUUAGCCCGCAUGCAUAUCUUGCUUUGCAGCGGGGAUCUCUACGAGUUGGCGUGGAAAGGAGGAGGCAUCACCAUCUCAUCAUGUUCGCGUAGGCCUGAGGUGAUGCAUGUGCCACCUUCCGAGGACAAAAUGGCGACGUGGCUCCACCCGAUUAUCACAUGUGGUGGUCAAGAUCGUGCUGGUGACAACGAUAUUGCCGGGCAGAGGUCGGAUAAUCGGGUGAUAACAUCGGAGGACUUGAACAAGCUGUUGAAGGAGAACAGCGGGAAGACAGUGGAAAAUAAUAUGGCAACGGACACAGCAAGCGACUCCAGUGUAAGGAGGAAGGCCACAGGAGGAACACACAGCCAAACAGAAAAGAGACGAAGAUCCAAGAUAAACAAGUGUUUAAAGACCCUGCGGCGUCUCGUUCCAGGAUGCGAGAAGCGGUGUAGCCAAGCCUCGACACUAGACCUUACAAUCAAGUACAUCAAGUCACUGCAGCGUCAAGUCCAGGCGAUGUCCGUCGCCGUCGGCAGCAGCAUGACGCAGCCCGCGGGGGUUGCAGCCGUGGUGCCACCGGUGCCGGUCGCCGCCGCUGCUCCAGGGGUAAUCCAAGUCCAACCGGGGCUGGUUCUUUGCGCGCCGCCUCCGAUGAUCCCGUUGGCGCCCAUGGUUCCUACAGUGAUGAUGCCCGCACCAUUGGUGUGUCGAGCAACUCCAAGCGUAGCAGGUCACGGUGGCUGUCGUCAUGGCGCCGGUAGCAACAGGCGCGUAACAAACAACAGCCAGCUAGCGGGGCUUAAUAGAGCCCAGCACGUUGGGAGUACCGGACACAUAAACCAGGCAGCGAGGCUGGGCUGAGAUCGAUAUUAGGACGAAUUGGGCCUUCAUUCGUCACGUGAGGGCCCAUAUCUCUGACUUUGAGUUCAUCUCCUUCAUCUUUUUUUGCGGGGGGUUUUUUUUUGGGAGACUGAAAGGGUUCAUCUGUCAACCAUGAAAACGAGAGGAUCAUAAAGGAAGUGUUGUCUGGAACCCGUGUGUGGCUGUGGAAUCCACCUCCAGGCGUUUGUAUCCCAUGUAAUCUUAAACUUUCAAUAAAGGGAAACAAUUCGCUCAAACAAAGUGAAUCAUGUUUCCAAAGAAUAUUUGAAACAUACAGCAUUGUAUUUCAUGGCGUGACCAUGCUCGAUCUGCUUUAGUCCAUGAAGGGAAAGUAGUAUUUCAUGGCGUGACCAAGAGCCAGCCAGACAUGUUUGAGUCAGUCUCGAUACGAUACCUUGGCAAAUCUUCAGGAAACCACAACAUCACU